AUGGGCCAUUACGCACCUGCUUGCACUCAGGCACUAGGAGGCAGAAUGACAUGCUUUAGCUGUGGAAGGAUGGGACAUAUGGCCAAGGAUUGUACGGAGAUGAUACCUGCCAACGCUGAGAGGGACCCAGCUGGACAGAGGCCCCUACCACCCCCACCAAAGCGCCAGGAGGUGUUUCCCCGAGUACACGUGUUGGGAGAACACGAAGAGCUGGAGCAGUAA